UUUAAAUCUCUUGACCCAGGCAUGAACCACGGCUCUGGACGGUGACGAGUCCCCGUAAACCUGUUGUAAAGCUUCAACGAUUUUACCAGGUUUCCAUUCGAGUUUGGUUAAAAAUUUUACGUUUGCUCUUAUUUCAAAAUUGUUCAUUUUUUUGGACGGUUGUAAAACCCCGUAAAACAUAAAACGUAACGCGGCUCAGCGGUGGACAAAGAUAUGACGAUAAUGUCUCCGAGCUGUCCGAUAUGCCUGAGAGAUGUGUCUCUCGUUUUAGUUAUUAAAAUGCGACAUUUGAAAUUACCCGACACCUGUCGCAACAUUUUUGAGAACAUCUGUCGUCGAUUUUACAGACAUUUUGGUGCUUGAGUUGCCAUUAAGCGGCAUUUCUGUAUAAGCAACCGCGUAAGCCACCUCGGGUCCUAACCGCUGUGCAUUUUGAAACGGCAGCGGUGAAAAACACCACAGUCUACGGCACCCGAGGAGAGCGGCGGAGAAAGCUGAAGAAUGGAGGAGGUUCUGGACAGGCUGAGGAGUCUCAGCUCCGAUGAACUGCGUGAAGAGUUUGCCAGAGUGGACCUCAAGUGUGGCCCGAUCACCGCGACCACCCGGGCCACCAAUGAAAGGAAGUUAGCCCGUUUUCUGACGGGGACGGAGAACAACGUCGCUGUUUUGGACAAUGGCUCUUCAGCAGCCGUUAGUGUUAGCACGGCUCCGGAGCCGCCCGUCAGCUCAGGAGUCACACCGACCGCCGCUGCGAUGAGCGGCCCCUCCUGGAACGCUGCCAGUGAAGAGUCGGACUUUGGCUACGGCGUGGGUCUGAACCCCCCGGAGGAGGAGGAUCUCUCCGGAAAAGAUGCUACGAACAACAGCUUUGCUCAGUGCAGUCGCUCUGAUUCCACGCCGGAAACGCCUUCACAGCUCGCUCAAGAGUUUCCCACCUUUUAUUAUGGCGUGUGUCCGCAGUGGGAGGACGUGAUGGCAAGGAGUGAGCGAGCGCACGUGUACACAGACAAGAAAGACGCCCUGCAGGCGGUGAAGAAGAUGAAGGGAGCGCGCUUCAAAGCGUUCACCAACCGGGAGGAUGCGGAGAAGUUCGCCAAGGGCAUCUGCGACUACUUCCCGUCCCCGAGUAAAUCAACCCCCAGCGUGUGUCAUGUCAAAGCCGGCCUGUGCUCUGCUAAAGACAACGUGGAGGUGGACACCAUGAAUCGAGAGCGGGCGAACAGUUUCAAGAGCCCACGUACGCAGGACCUGACGGCCAAACUGAGGAGAUCGGUGGAGAAGGGCGACGAGGUCACCUUCAGUAAACUGGUCUGGAGUAACCCCCGGUAUCUCAUUGGCUCGGGGGAUAAUCCCACCGUUGUGCAGGAGGGGUGUCGGUACAACGUGAUGCACGUCGCGGCCAAGCAGAACCAGGCUGGAGUCGCUCAGCUGCUCUUGGACAUUCUGGAGAACCCCGAUUUCAUGCGUCUCAUGUACCCGGACGACAAGGAGACGAUGCUGAAGAAACGCAUCCGCUACAUCGUGGAUCUUUACCUCAACACUCCGGACAAGACCGGCUUCGAAACCCCGCUUCAUUUUGCCUGUAAGUUCGGGAGCCCAGAGGUAGUCAACGUCUUGUGUUCGCAUCCCGACAUCGAUAAGAACUGUAAGAAUAAAGAGGGACAGAGGCCCUGUGACGUUAUUUGUAGCCGACAAAACAAAACCCAAGAGACGGAGCAGAAGAUAAACGAAUAUUUGGAGGACCGUUGCUACAUACCUUUGUUACGCGCAACCGACAACAGCUCUCAGCCCAUCAUCGGUGACCCGUGGUUGCCUGACUCGUCGGAAAGUCUGUCGUUGAUCCAGCAGCACACCAGGAGUCCCAAGGACCCGGUGAUGGCCGUCGCGGCCUUCGCCGGUCCGCUGAGCCCGUCUAAGGCGGAGGACUUUCGGCGAUCCUGGAAGACACCACCUAGAGAGCGAGCUGACCACGUGCACCACAUCCUCAAGUCGGAUCCAGAGCGUGGGGCAGAGCGCGUGGGCAGAGACCUAGCCAGGGAGAUGGGCCACCCCUGGGCGGAGUACUGGGACUUCCUGGACAGUUUUCUGGACCUGUCGUCAAACGAAGGCCUCAGGAAGCUGGAGGAGUAUCUGAGCAGGAAGGACUUCAGUCCGAAGACUCACGAGGAGACUGCGGAGAACGAGACCAGCAACAGGUUCAAACGGCCCUCCCCAGGCAAACCCAAAAAAUUCUGCAACUCCAUAUCCGUGGGCGCCUUCCUGGACGAGGGCGACGACAUCAGCCUGGAGGAGAUCAAGAACCGGCAGAACGCGGCUCGAACCAGCAUCACCUCCUCCACGUUCAAGGAUGGACUGGCGGGAGCCGUAGGAGGCCUGGACUUCCACAUCCUGCCCAUCUCGCUGCACCACCACGAGGCCGAACUGAUCGAGACGGCGGCCGAACAGGACCUGCUCUGCUCCUGCGGCAACGGUCUCCCGUCGCCGGCUGCGCUCUGUAAAAACGGCCUGUGCUCCUCGUCCUCCAGAGACAAAAUGCACAGCGGGGAGAAAGUGUCCCCCCACACGUCCUCCUCCUCCUCCUCCUCAUCUCCCUCCUCCGCCCUCCUGUCGCCUGUCUCCAACCUCCUGGUGGAGUUUGAGCGCAUGUCCCUUCAGGAGUCACUGGAUAAUCCGAUUGGCUGCAGGGAGAGGAAGAGCAGCGGGGACAGCCAGGUCACAGAUCCGGGUCCCGGGCCUGUCCGCCUGUCUCUGGGUCACAGCCCUCAGGACAGCGAGGCCCUGGACGCCCCGAGUUGGAGGACGGAGGCGGGGGAGGCGGAGGAGAAGCGCAGCAGCGGCAGCUCGGAGGAGUACUUUGAAGCGAAGGAGAGCCAGGAUUUGUUGAGCAGGACUAAAGGAUCUGUAUCUGGGGGGCGCGGCCUCUGUGCCAGGUCCAAGUCGUGGGACCACGGAGGUAGAGAUCUGAGCAGCUCAGGGUCCUCGGGGUCUUCCUACAAGUCCCUGGAUAACUCCCACGAGUUCUUUUCCAGGACACCUCCCCACAUAGGAAGAGGACUUUUCAUAGACGGGGAUUCGCCGACCAAGUUGGACAGAGAGGUCCUGCUGGCCCUAAUGGGCGUCGACAUCGACCCGCAGAAGUUUCCCAGCAUCCACAAGUGGAAGAGCACAAUGACGUCGUACGCCGCAUCGGACAUGCAGGGCUGGCCCAGUCCUGUGGUGGUCAAACCACGACUCAGGAUGCAUCAUCAUCAUCACCACCACCACCAGGCUCACAGCUCACCGGUCAGCGAUCUGAUGUCCCCCAGUGGUCGCUUCAGUCCAGCUCGGCACGCCGCCUCACCGGACUUCAGCCCCAGUCGCUAUAGCCCGGCUAACGCUAGCUACAUCCAGCGCAUUCGCCUCAUGCACUUAAGUGAGCAACCGUAGUAACUGCCCCCAAAAACCUGCCCCUCCCCCGUCUACUGCCACUGCAGCCAUGACCCUCCCUCCUCGCCCUCACCACCACCCCCUUGCUGACAGUGAGGUAACUGCGGCCGGAGCUCAUCGACGACAUACCUAACAGAAAUAUGCACAAGUGUCUGAAAGAUUUGUAUUAAAGAUGUUUGGUACUACUACAACAACUACUACUACUAUUACUACUACUUCUACUACUACUACGCUGUUACACAGGAGUACUACAUCACAUCACGCCGUGAUGUCGAUGUCUCAUUGUUGAUGUAUCGUGCGUAUCCGUGCAGAGCGACAUGCCUGCGGUCUGAGGUUUUCGCUAAUUCUGACUCAGUUCAACUCAACAAACUCCCUGACCUCUGACCUUUGCUCGUUUGGAUGACAACCAUGUUCCGUCAACUGAACAAGGAGUUCAAAUGUCAAUGUUUAAAUAGGUAAAAAAAAAAGAAUUAAUAAUAAUAAUAUUUUUGUCUGGUAGUCAGUAGCACAAAACGAAACCUGUUUGUAUUAACGAUGGCGCGAGAGCAGACGGUCACUUCCUGUUUUCUCCGUUCGUGAACGUGUCGAGUCUGUGUGUGCGCGCGUAAAAAGACGACAUCGUCCCGUCUCCGUUCGUCUCCACGUCCCUCAGACACCAACGGCGGCUGUGGACUUAAUUCAAAUGCGAGUCCAACCACGAAUGCCUCCUCCCUAGCGCCCCCUAGCUUUUUGGCUAAGAACCAUUUUUUUUCAAACCGACUUUCACUUCCAUAGUCCAGUUGAACACACACUGCUCCUCAGACUGGACACCAAUGAUCACCACUCCCCCACCCCCAAAUGUACAGUAUAUAAAACUGUGUCCACUGUUUCCACGGUUACCUACCAGCAGAGGGAGCCACUCUGUGGAAAGAAAAGCCAGGGUUUUUAUGAGAUGAGACGGCACAAAAGUUUCUUCACGGCGAAUGUCUCCGGCGUGUCUCAGCUGGACUCGUCCUCAGGUCACUGCAGUUUCCUGUGGCGCUUUCUGCCCCGGUGGCGUUCCUCCGCCAUUACAUCCAGAUCACAGAGACUCCGACUCCCAGCAACUCGUCUGUUGUUUUUUGGCGGCCUCCUUCAGGUGUGGUGCUUCCACCUUCUCAGUCCUGUCCUCCGUGUCCUCCUCCUCCAUCCAGACCCCAGGGUCUCCUAUGGUCUCGGUGUUUUCUGAUGCUUUUUCUUGGCUGUUGCAAAUUUUAUUAAAAACAAUUUUUCAGGAGUUUUUACUCAGUGACUGUGAAGAACCAAAAGAUCAUUGUUAACGUUCAAAAUGUUCCAGACUUCCUGGUUUUUGGAUUCCAGUUUGAAUUCAAAAGUGGUAUUUAGCGCCCUCUGCAGGAAUUUGUAUGAAAUUAAAUGACCGCCAAACAGAUGAGCGUUAUCGGAGAAAUGUCGAGGACGAUCUUCUGUUUCUUUACAGUUACUUUAAAAAAACGUCUGAAAAAAAAAUGGGAAAGGAGUUGACGUGUACACCUGCUCCAGUUCACCUCCUGUCCUUUGGGUGGUGCUGCUGUUCUUUUCUCUCAGUCAUAUUUUAGCUAAGUGAUAGUUUAAAAAAAAAAAGACGACGAACUUGUGUACGUGGCUGAUCUUAAAUGUCAGUAUUUGUGGAUGAAGUGAGGGAUCGACAGUGACGUCACAACCAGGCCAGUCAUUUCCGCCCCACUCGACUCUGAACCACGUGUUUUGAAUGUAAUCUUUUUGUGAACAAAACCUUUCUACGGGAGAAUAAACUACUUGGUUGAAACCA